AUGUAAGACGAAGAUAUUCCUGGUUUAGCUAUGUCGAGAAGUUUUGGAGAUUUAAUAGCUGCUUAAUGUGGUGUUAUUUGUGAACCAGAUAUUAAAAUUUUGGACAUUUAAUGUGAGGAUAAAUUUAUUGUUAUUGCUUCAGAUGGUGUUUGGGAGUUUUUAAAUAAUAGAGAUGUUAUGCUUUAAAUUGUACCUUAUUAUAUUAGAAAAAGUGCUGA